UUUAGAUUUAAUACUUUGAUCUGUAUAAUUAACAAGGAUUUCUAUACAAAUCUGAAAUAUAUUAUACCCAUGCAUUAUCAUUAUUUAAAAAAAAAAUAAACCCCCUUUGAAUAUUGUAUUCACUGCAUGCUAAGAAUAAAAAGGAAACACCGCUUAAUUUUUUUUUUGAGUGAAAUUACUAUAAUUUUUAAUGGCUAAGAUAAUGGGAUACACGCCAAAGAGAAAGCAAUUAAAAGAGGAUGCAGUACCUACAGUGUUUGAUGACAGCAAGCCUGAGAAAAUAAGAGAAACAAGCUUAAAAAGAUCUGAGAAAAGGGACAAACAAGAGCUAAUCAGAAGUCUUGUGAAAACGAAUAAAGACACAAAUGCAAAGCCUGAUGACCAACCUGGUCCAUCAACAGCGAAUAAAACAGGUUAUUUGAUACCUUCUCUAAUAUUAUCUGGUAAAGUUUUACAAUCAAGGUCACUUUAAUUCCCUCUGUGCUGUUAAUCUUUCAAGGCUUGACAUUUACGCGGCAAUUACAGGAGUGUAGUGCUAUAUCAACUGAUUUGUUCUGUAUAAAGUUUCACAUUGCAACAUUCUUUCUUCACAGAUGUGCCAAUAAAUCAAAGAAAGAGAAG